CGUGCUGUAAACGUGCCCAUAGAAUGAGAAUAUGAGCGUCAGGAAAACUUGUCAUUAGCUUUGCCCGUUUCUUUGUGGAAGCUGAGAGCAGAGCAAUGCAUAGAAGCUGCGUUGUCUGUCUCUGUGGGGGAAGACCCUCUUUUCUCACCCUGUGCAUGCUAGAAAAGGCAAAGCAGUCCCGGUAUCUCCUCAAUAUCUCCUGAAAGUCUAUGUUUCUAUUAUUCUGCCGCCCCCCUUUGAAGCGGUGACACCCGACGCCCCAUGGUGUCACCCCACCUCCCUCUGUUCUGUACUGUGGGGGUGGGGUACAACAGCCAUCUCCCAACUGAGCAUCCAUAGUAAUAGGCGGCCACAUAUUCUACAUGAGAUCACACUGUGCAGCUGUGAGAGUGCAGGCAGUGAUGUGGGCAUCAGAAGGAGAGCCCAGCCAUAAGAUAACAGAGGAGUGGAGGUUUAGGACCUGAAAAUGUGGGUUUAGGUCAGUGAACCAAAGAUGCCAAGAAGGAAGAGGGCUACUUCCUGAAACAUUGCAGUGUACAUGUCCCACAAGAGGCUUUUUAAAAUGCAUGCAUGACAAUACGUUCCCCAAGUUGACCUCAAGUUCUUUGGGGGAAAAAAGAAGAGGACUCUACCGCAAUUGAAAAUCUUUUUGUUCAGUUUGCUAAAGAAAAUUUAGUUAAAAUGACCAAAGAAUACUUGGCAUUAACUUCAAGGAGCAUAUCAAGUAAAUUAUCAUCUAUGUCAUCUCGGCUUCUACAAGGAUCAUUUAUUUAUUUUUUACUACAUAUUGUCUUUGCUUGCACAACUUCAAAAGCACAAGAAACAUAAAUAGAGGGGAUAUUACAAGACACCACUAUCUGGUCAAUAAAAGCAACACAUAGAUAAAUAUGCCUUCAUGUAUAGUGGCAACAUGUCGCUCACAUUGGAGAAGAAAGGAACCUAAUUUGAAGUUCCAUGUUUUUCCCAAGGACAAGGACCGCAUAAGAAUAUGGCUUAGGAAUACAGGACAGUUUGAUGAAAAUGACCUAGAUCAAGCCGUUUUAAAAAUAAUAGAAGGGAAGCAAAAUGAUUCUUAUCGAAUGUGCUCCAAACAUUUUUCUUCAGAUAUGUACCACCAGGUUGGCAGUAAAAUUUUAUUAAAGAAAAAUGCUAUCCCAAACAUGUUUUUCAUUGUUUAUAAUAGUGCAAUUAUUGAUUUGGAUGAUGUUGCUGCAAAGAGGCAUUGUGCAGAAGUAAGCACAUUUCACACUACUAAAGCUCUGGAUAAAUCUUUACCCUUUGCCGAUGAUCACACUCUCAAUGUUACAAUUAAAAGUGAAAUUGAUGAUGAUCCAGAUGAUGUUAUUCAAAACAGGCAUUGUGCAGAAGUAAGCACAUUUCACACUGCCAACGUUCUGAAUGAAUUUCCCCCUGCCAAUGAUCACAUUCCCAAUGUCACUAUUAAAAGUGAAAAUGGUUAUGAUUCAGAUGAUAAUAUUUCAAACGGGCAUUGUGCACAAAUGAGCACAGUUCAUGCUGCCGAAGUUCUAGAUAAAUCUUCCCCUACAGCUGAGUUCAAUGUUGCUAUUAAAAGUGAAAGUAGUGACAAUCCAGAUGUUACUACAGAGGGGCAUUAUGAAGAGAGCACAAUUCAUACUGCUAAAGAUCUGGAUGAUGAGUCUUUCCUUGCAGAUGAUUACACUCAAUGGCAUUCUCUGAAUUCUUCAUCACUGACAAACACUUGUCCUAAUUCUGCCGAGAAUAUGUUCAUGGUUGCCAAUGGUAUCAGAACGUCAACGCCUAACAUGUUUGGAAGACCCAAAAAAAGAUUUAGAGUAUCAAGAGGCAUAAUGGUCAAUAUAAAUGUCCAAACCAAGAACAAAAGAAGUGGUACCUUGCCAUUGUUUGGAUGUAAAAAUAAAGAAACACAACAUGGUCCUCUAACUGCAGAAGUUGGCAUUCAGUGUACUUUAUUAACUGAUAUGGCCACUGACAUUGCCCAAAACAAAGCUUCAUUUAUCUAGCAGACUAUUGGACACCCUUGGAACAACACACAGGCAGUAUAAAAAACAUAUCUCUGAUUGUACCAAAUGGCAGACUAUUUGGAGAAACUGUCGAUUUCAGACCGAUUUAGAAGAGUCUUGCGUUGACGUCAACAUAAAUGAACAUUAAGUCAACAUAGAUUCCUUUAGUAACCGCAAUUCUACAGCCUCUCCGGAAGACCACCUGAACCUUCUACGAUUUCAGCAAGAAAAGAAAAUUGUCUAAGCAUACUUUUUUAAAUGCGAAUUUGUAAUGUAAACAAAUGCAGUGUUUUAAUUUAAAAACAAGUGGUGCUCUUU